GCGGGCACCAGCCUGGCCUGAACUUUCCCCGCUGGACGAUCAGCUCCUGGCUGGGGGGUCGUGAAUGUCACGGCUUUCCCGGCCCUCUGACGAACGAUGGAGCCUGGGAAGAGAAGAACAAAAGAUGAUACAUGGAAAGCCGAUGACCUCAAAAAACACCUUUGGUCCGAUAGUCCAAAAGAAGAAAAGAAACAUAAGGAAAAGAAGCAACAUAAAGAGUCAGAAAUUGACCUUCUGGAAUACAGAGAGCGUAAACACAAAGAUCAGGAUGGAGACAAGUAUAAAGAAAGGACAAAUGAAAGAGAUGCCCAUGUAUCUAAGGAGAGUCCUCAUGGGGAGAGGGACAGAGACAAACAUAGGGAAAGAAAAAAGGACACAAAAGACAGAGAAAGAGAAAAAUAUAAACAUCGAGAACAAGAAACAGAAAAGUCUUACAGUAAAGGGAAAGAUAGAGAAAGAGAAAAGGAGAGAAAAGCAAGGAAAGAAGAACUUAAGCACACCACUGCCUACCAUAACGUCGUGGGGCGUGAGGCUCGUGACAAGCAACAUGUGGACAAAGUCGACAGGAAAAUUCGUUCAGUAAGUAAAGCAAGAUUUGAAGAAAAAGAAAAAAGAGAUGAUAACUUGGAAAGAGAUGAAGAUAGAGAAAGAAGAUAUCGAGAAAGAAAGUUGCAGUACGGUGACAACAAAGAAAAUCCUCUGAAGUACUGGCUUUAUGAAGAAGAAAGUGACAGACGACACAGGAAACCAAAGGAGCAUGAGCGAGAGAGGAAACAUCGAGAAAAAAGCAGCACAAGGGGAAAAAGAGAGAAAGUUCCAAAAGAAAAACUCAAUUUGUGUUCUGAAAGGGAAGGGGAAGAAAGACAUAAAGAAAAACGACAUAAAGAGAGUGUCCAUUUUGAAGAAGAGAGGCACCGACGCGGCACGGAUAAAAAGGAGAGAUCGUCUAAAGACGAACAUAAGAAAAGGGACUCCAAGAAUGGUGAACACAGAGGUCGAGGUUCAAGUUCAAAAAGAGAUGGAACUAGCAGCCAGCAUGCCGAGACUUUAGUAAGGAGCCAUGAAAAAGAUAAAGAUUCAAGAAGGAAGGAAUCUGAAAAGGAUGACAUUGAUUUGGAAAAUGCAGGAACUGAAGAAUAUACAGCCAGCUUUGAAGAUGAUUUUGAAGACUAUGAAGAUGAUUUUGAAAUUUGUGAUGGGGAUGAUGGUGAUAGUGAUAAUGAGCAGGAAUCAAAAGAAACGAUUGAAGAACUUCCUCCAGCCAGAAAAAAGGAGAUACAGGAAAUUCAAAAGGCUAUUAAUGCAGAAAAUGAAAGGAUUGGUGAAUUAUCUUUGAAACGGUUUCAGAAGCAAGGUGGAAUAGAAUACGAAGGGGAGUCAAGGACAGAUGCAAGCAAUUCCCCUUCUAGAACUCCUGUCUGUGGAAUUUUCAUGGAUUUUGUAUCAGCCUCACACCGUCAAAAGAGUCGGAAUCAGGCCCUUAAGCAAAAGACACGCAGUACAAAAUUACUUCGGCUUAUUGACUUGGAUUUUUCCAUCACUUUCUCUCUCUUGGAUCUACCUCCAGUAAAUGAAUAUGACAUGUAUAUAAGAAACUUUGGGAAAAAAAACACCAAGCAGGCAUAUGUUCAGUACAAUGAAGAUAAUGUUGAAAGGGACAUUCAGACAGAAGAAAUAGAGACUAGGGAAGUAUGGACCCAGCAUCCAGGAGAAAGUGCUAUUGUAUCUGGAGGUAGUGAAAAUAAAGAGAUCUCUGAUGCUACAAUUAUACCAAAGAUUGAUACACCCAGAUUAUCUAACUUUCUCCGAGCUGCUUGUCAGGUGAUUGCUGUUUUGCUUGAAGAGGAUCGUGUGGCAGCAGCACCUGGUUGGAACAUCAAGGCCCAAGAGAACACCCUUCUUUUUAGUGACAGUUCCUCUCAGUUGAACACUAGCCUGCCAUUCCUUCGAAAUCGAAAAGUAUCCUGUUUACAUGCCUCGCAAGUUCAGAGGCAAACUAUGGUUUCUGUUCAUGAUUUACCUGAAAAGACAUUCUCCGAUCAAUUGGACCAGAGAUAUAUCUUGUGUAUCUGGGAUAUUUGGCAACCUUCAAGUCCACAGAAGGUUUUGAUAUGUGACUCAAAGGUCACAUGUUGCUGUUUUAGCCCUUUCACAGCAUUUCUACUGUUUGCUGGAACACUACAUGGCUCUGUAGUUGUGUGGGAUUUAAGAGAAGACUCUAGGAUUCAUCAUUAUGUAAAGCUAGAUGAUUGUUUCUGGACAUUCCGGAUAGCAACAUUUUCCACCGAUGGUGUCCUUACAUCAGUAAACCACCAAAGUCCUCUUCAAGCGAUAGAACCUGUCUCAACAUCUGUCUGCAAAAAACAGAACUUUGUGCUUUCUCCUUUUUCUACUCAAGAAGAAACAUCAGGUUUGUCAUUUCACAUUGCUUCGUUGGAUGAAAGUGGAGUUCUUAAUGUAUGGGUGGUUGUGGAAUUACCGAAGGUGGACAUUGCGGGUUCGAUAAGUGACUUAGGUUUAAUACCUGGUGGGAGGAUAAAAUUAGUACAUAGCUCUGUGAUUCAGUUGAAUAUCAGUCUUUCUCAUAAAGAAAAUGCAUUUGGGACGACCGCACAAACACUGACUGUUAAGUUUCUGCCUUCAGACCCUAAUCAUUUUAUUGUUGGCACAGACUUGGGUCUUAUAAGUCAUGGAGCAAGACAAGAUUUCAGAGUAUCUCCUAAAUUUUUCAAACCCCAACAACAUGGUCUAAGACCAGUAAAAGUUAAUGUGCUUGAUUUUUCACCGUUUGGAGAACCAAUAUUCCUGGCUGGCUGUUCAGAUGGCAGCAUCAGAUUACAUCAGCUGACUUCUGAGUAUCCACUGAUGCAGUGGAGUAACAGCACCAAUGGCCACGCGGUUUGCGGCUUACAGUGGUCAGUCACAAGACCCGCGGUGUUUUUGGUCCAGGAUGACACAUCCAGCAUUUAUAUUUGGGACCUACUGGAAAGUGAUCUGGGGCCUGUAGCCAGACAGCCCAUCUCUCCAGACAAGCUGGUAACAAUGACCAUGAUGGGUGAACCGGAAAAGACCACUAGCAGUUUCCUUGUGCUAGUGCUGGCCAGGGCCUCUGGCGACAUUGACAUCCAGUACUUGAAGAAGAAGUGGGCCUCUCCAGUGAACGACGAGCAGAAGCAGCUCCGUUUGCUUUUACAGGAAGCCCUAUAGAAAGAGGAAACUGCUUUAUCACAAGAGAUCAAAUGUAUAAGAGAGAAUGUUUAUGCAAUGACACAAAUUUUAAAGAUAAAAUUACAAGGUGGAUAAUUUAACACCUGUGUGGCAUGUAUAUUUAUGUAUAUAGAAUAUAUACGUACAUACAUUUUCUGUAUAUAAUUUAUUUUACAAGAAUGUUUACUUCAGUAUUCCCAUGAAAUAAACCAGUAUUUUUCAACAGAAGCAAAUGAACAUUUUGGUAUAAACAACUUCAAAGGAAAUCAAAGUUAAAGCCAUGUUCCAAUAUACUGUUUUCGGAGAUAAUUUCUAGUUAUUUUUAUUAAACAUUUUAACAUUUAAAUAUUCAAA